UAUGACGCUACCAGUUUCACGGCACGGGUAGAACCUGCUACCUAUUUUGACUGAACCACCCAUGCAGUGUGAUUCGAUCUCGCACGGUGUCGCGGCGAACCAGAUGCAAUCAUGAUCAUGGAAGUGUAUAAGAGCGAGUUCUGCAGAUCUAGAAUUUUAUCUAUCUCAAGCCUGUAAUGGUCGCUCCCAUAGUCAACACAGGAAUCCAGACGGCGAAGUAUUGCAAUGUGGCCGGUCUAGGAGUUCUGAUUUUUGAUUAUUUCUUAACGAUCGAACCUGAGGUUCGAUGGACAUGGAACAGGCGCUGGAACAUCACUCGCAUUCUGUUUGUAAUUUCACGUUACAUGGCCUUUGUAGCAGCUGGCAUGACUUCAUACGCCGCCAUUGCUACACGAUCGAACGAGAAUUGCUCGCGCUUCGGUUCGGCUUCAAAUGCAAUUCACAUCAUCACCAUUGUAGCUGCCGAAGGUCUUUUGAUCAUUCGUACAUAUGCGUUCUGGAAACAGAACAACAAGCUCUUGGUAGUGUUACUGGUCUUGGCAGCAAUUUGUAUCGCAUGUGCUGUCAGUAUCACACAAGUCGUCGGUAAUCUAGUAGCGCCCGCAAAACCUUCAAAUCCCCCCACAAGCAGCUGCACUUUUGAAGCGGGUCGCAGCAGUGCCAUUCAAUAUGGCUUUCUCAUGGCCUUCGAACUGUUGCUGAUGUCUUUAACUGUAUUUAAGAGAUAUCAAGACUACAGAUAUUGCAAUAGUCGUCUAGUGAGAGCCAUCUUCCAGGGCGGAGUGCGGUAUAUGACUGCCACAAUUUUCGUUUCUGUGGUCAAUAUAGUGAUCAUGUCUGUGGUGCCAGUAUCAUAUGACGAUAUGAUGGACGUGCCACAACUUGUCCUCCACAGUAUGUUGGCAUCCCGUGUGCUGUUUAGUCUGCGUGAAAGUGACCAGGAUGAAUCGGAUGGGACAACAUUACAAAUGUCGACAUUUCGUCCAGCUCAGCACGACCAAAGGCAUACUUCAUUUGAUUGAUUAUAUAUCAGGUUUGUAGUCAUGGUAUGGUUCCAUCAGAAUGUGGAUAAAAGGGAGUUGCUGUCACGAAGCACGAUCAUCAUCUGCCGCUUCAUUUGAUUUUCCUGCUCUGCAUCUUCAU